AUGGAUGCACCUCUCGAGUACCGCACGAUAGAGCUGGCUGCCUUUCCUGAUCUUCCUGAUGCAGACUUAUGGUCAAACAAUGUACUGCGCGCAUACGAUCUGAUCCACAAGUCGUACAGCCUCGCAGUAAGGCUUCUCCGCCAAGACGAUUGCUCUGCUCUACAACUCCGCAUGCUUUCAUAUCGCCUACGUGAGGAUACCUUCAUGUUGAUGGCUUCUCUGUCAGAGGAGGUCGGCGAUGAGGAAUGGACGCAACACUGCGUCGAACUCUUGGGAGGGGCUAUAGUCCAGCUGCGGUUGGCUGGUGAACAAAAGCGCGCUUCUGAAGGGUCAGAGAAUGUGACACGCGUUGACCCGGUUAAGCUUGUACGGAAGCCAACGCGCGGCCGCCCCAGGAUGGAAAUUGACUUGAACUUCCUACGCGAGGCCAAUGCACCCAACCGGAAGAUCACUCAUCAGCGCGUUGUUGCAGCUCUGAAGUUGAGCACGUCAACAUAUCUGCGGAGAAGAAGAGAGGCAGGCAUCGCACCACGUUACUCGACGAUCACAGACGACGAUCUUGAUACCAUGGUCCGUUUGUACAAACUCUCCAAGCCAAAUUCGGGGCGCAGCUUCACUGAUGCGUACUUGCGCCGGCAUGGCCAUCGCGUACAGAAGCGCCGGCUGCGCAGAUCACUUCAACGUGUAGAUGGACUUGGGCAAGUACUGCGUCGGCAGUCUACAAUCAAGCGUGGUGGCUACAGCGUGCCGGGUCCCAAUCACCUUUGGCACGGCGACGGGCAUCAUAAACUCAUUCGGUGGGGCAUAGUGAUCCAUGGCUUCAUUGAUGGCUAUACACGCACCGUGACCGGCUUACGUGCCAGCAAUAACAACUCAGCACCUGUUGUCUUGGGAGUAUUCUUAGAUGCUGUGCGAGAGUAUGGACUACCAUCCCGUGUCAGGGGUGAUCGAGGGGGCGAAAACCGGGACGUAGCUAUCGCUAUGAUCAAGGCUCGCGGUACAAAUCGUGGCAGUUUCUUAUGGGGAACAUCAACACGCAACGUCCGUAUUGAACGCUUGUGGGGUGACGUUGGCGGGCAGUUCGUUCGGGCUUGGCGUGCAUUCUUCUUGCGCCUCGAGCAUCUUCAUGGGCUUGAUGCCAAGAACACCGCACAUCUCUGGCUCCUGCAGCAGCUCUUCCUCGAGGACAUUGAUGCGGAUUGCGCGCAGUUCAAACGCGACUGGAAUGACCAUCCGGUCUCAACAGAGAAGAACCAAACACCCAAUGAUCUCUGGUUUACAGCAUCCAUGGAGCAGGGUGUCUAUGAUGGCAAGCCUGCUCAUACCAACCUACGCGGAGACCCCCUGACAACCGCGAACGUAAAUGAACAUGAGCUUCAGACUGAAUAUGGUGCCGAGGAGCCGCUUCCUGACGGUCAGGUCUCUCCAUCACAGACAUCAUACUCUGUUCUUUCAGAUGAUGAUCCGGAGAGUAUUCUGUCAGACAGUGACAUGCUGUCUGAGGGUGCAUGGGAUGAUGUUGGCUCGGACAUAGCUACAGAGGUUGGUGCGGAGGGGUGGAAUGAUCGUCGGGCUCACGAUAUUGCACGGGACAUGCGAGGAAACAUCCGGCACAGUCCCAUCCGAGUCCCACGACAUGCAAACCCAUUCAUUGGCGAUCUUGCACGCGAAGAGCGCUUUUGGGCCAAGGUUAAUGCAUUGAACGCUGCAGAGGUCGUACCUGAAGGUCACAACUUGCAUGAUGAAGAGUUUGAGGAGGAGGUUUACCCAUCUGCACAGGAGAUUCCGCUAGACCGGACCCAGAAUCAACGGACUAGCAGUUCCCACGUACUUUCUCUGCUUGACGGCAUCGACUCUCAGCUUGACGCGAUCUCGCAGCCUCCAUCUCAUGCCUCCGCAACCCGGGAAGCAAUCGAAGGACUCCAUUCCGGUCCGGGCUAUACGCAACGCAAGGCGUCCACGUCCUCAGGUGUUCCAAAGCGUCCACGAGCGUCCUCUCCAUCAACGCGGCCAAGCACCAAACGCCCCCGACCGUUCCCGACAUCUCCUUCAUCUGGACCAUCAAAGCGCUCUCGUGGAUCGUCCUCUGGAAAGCCCGGGAGUGACAGCGUGCGCAAGCCCUCAGCAGGUGGCAAAGAGGCGACACAGUUCAAGUCCCGUAGUAGUAGCCGUCGAGGUCGUCCGGCAGAUGAAGACAAUCUCUCGGGCGUCAGCACUAUAUAUUUCAUUCUAAUGCCUAUAGGAGAUGGUGGUCAGCGUGAUAGUCUGCCGGACGACCUGCGCAAGGCUCCGACAAAGACCCAGAUCAUGCAGGCCGUAAGCACUAAACUCGCUGUACGCAAUGCCACCUUCCCAGUGGCUACCUUCUCCGUGUUGGACAACUAUGACGACGUCAACCAUACUCUCCGACUUGCCAAUCCAACGCUCUUCUCGUACAUCGACCUCUUCUAUCACAGCCUGACGGAAAUCCGCCUUGCUUUCAAGGACAAUACUACUAUCUCCAUACUACCGUCUGAACUAGGGCUACGUGGUGCUGAGGUUCUGGAGCAACGGCACGGAACUGGAACUUGGAAAAACAAGACAAGCUAUUUUGUCAUACAAGGCGACUUCAGCGCCGAGCACUUCAUCGCAUGGCAAAACCUCAAGUGUCCUCAGAACCGUGACCGCGAUGACUGGGAAUCCUACGCACCAUGGUCCACUACGGCCUCCGCUUCCGAUGAAGAGGACACUAUGCCCCCUGAUGAGCAAUGGAGACAAAGCCUAGGGUUCCUUGACAAGGGCAAGGGAAAGUCUGCUCUUGAUGAUCUCGACAGUGACGCCGACGCCGAUGCAAGUGAUACAGACACCAUUCCAGACGUGCCGACAAACCCACCUCUCUUCCUUCCUCCACCAUCAUCUGGCUUUCGCGCAUCAACCCCGGCGGCUCAGUCUCAUGGACAGCGUCAAUUGCGGCGCCACGUCGACGAGGCUACCAGUAGCUUAGCGUCCAUUGGUCUCGGGGAACAUGAACCUGGCUCCUCACUUGACAUGCCAACGCCUGAUGAUCCUGGCACUUUCACUAUGCAGCCUGAUGUACAUAUGGAUGAGUGGCAGUACAACGACUCUCAAUGGGAUGUCCCUAGCGCUUUCUUCCACGAUCCAGACAUGCCAUAUUCUUCUACUCUGCUCACGACCACUUCUUCUGUUCCAUCCAUCACUGUGCCAUCCGCCUCGAUAGCCGUACCUUCCACGUCGACUACAAUUUCUACAGCUAUCUCCAACGCAUCUACUUCUACGUCUACGCCUCCCACGCCAACAACGCCUCCUAAUUCAUCCCUCACUACUCCGACCACAGUCCAUACAGCCGAGUUCAUCGAUGUUGACGCCUUACCAGACCCACCUAGUAGUACCGCCCUCCAUACUACCCUUGCUCACUCUCAGCGUCGCACACAGGUGGCGUUGGCUAUACUGAAGCCCCCCAACCAAAGCCCCUGGUAA